GCAGCGACAUCAGUAUAGGCUGAGAGGCAGACACUCGUCUUACAAACACUGCAGAGACUAAAUCAGUGCUGCCUGACCUCUGCUGGACUUGCAGACCAAGUUCUGCACCUGCGGUUUCUUUCUCAUUGACCUGCGAUUGGGGGAGUAAGUGGUCGAUGAAGGUUUAUUGAAAGGUCUUCUCUGGUCACUGAUCCUGGACUAAACAUCGUUUAAUCCUGCUGUGAGUAAAGCCAGACAUCUUAUCUCAAGAGAAAGGAUGGAUCUAGUGACAGUCGCAGUCUCGCUCCACCUCCUCCUGAGUUCUGCAUUGGCCGUGUCACAUCACUCAGUCAUGGACAGCCUCCUCUACGCCAGAGCUGCCCUGGAGUUGCUGGAUGAGCCAUUGAGAUUUGACCCGUGUUGUCUCAUGUCACCACCUCCUCCACCCCUCUACCCACCGCCUCCACAACUUUGGAAGCGAGGAAGUCCGGUCGGACUGGGCAUGCUGCAGCCACCUGUGACUCCCGACGGAGAGCGGCAGAAAGAAGCACGCGGAUGUGCGGUGGGGCCCCCCGGACCACCAGGACCCCGUGGCCCAGAGGGUCAGAGUGGAUUACCUGGUAUCAGAGGACCAAAGGGGGAGAAGGGAGAAAUUGGGCGUCCAGGGUCGAAGGGUCGCACUGGAGCACCAGGCCUCCCGGGGAAACCGGGAGUUCCAGGCUGGCCAGGGAAUGAAGGUCCAAAGGGUGAAAAGGGAGAUCCGGGCCUGAUGGGACUACCUGGCCUGAGGGGACCACCAGGUACAAAGGGUUUGACUGGUUAUAAAGGAGAGAAGGGGGCUCAUGGUGACCCUGGUACAGCAGGACCAAAAGGUGACAAAGGGUCCAUCGGUUUGCCAGGGAUGCUUGGGCAGAAGGGUGAGCAGGGACCAAAGGGAGAGCCAGGGAGCCCUGGAAAGAGAGGACCCACAGGGCGACCAGGGAAAAGAGGCAAACAGGGGAUGAAGGGACAUUCAGGAGCAGCAGGAGUUAUGGGCCCUCCAGGACCACCCGGUCCAAAUGGUAUACCUGGACCCCCAGGGCCUCCUGCCUCAGGAGUUUAUCUUGUUGGAGAAAAGGGAGACAAGGGUCUUCCUGGACCACCAGGUCACUGCGAGUGUGACACCAGUAUCAGAGCCAACAACGCUCCAUUUGGAAGCUACACACAACGGGGCAGCGCCAGCAAAGUCCCAGCUAUAUUUGUGGUAAACAGCGAGGAGGAGAUGAACCAACUGCACCUUGACAACACCAUGGCUUUCAGGAAGGAUCAAAGGACGCUUUACUUCAAAGAUAAAGAUGGAUGGAAGCCCAUUCAGCCUUUCCAGUCAUACCAGUCCACAGAGAAGGUUCCGGAUAGAGUCGGUGUGUGUGGAGACGGGAAGGUGCAGGCCCAGCAUGGGGAGGAGUGUGAUGAUGGAAACCAUAUCGUCACUGAUUCUUGUCUGAACUGCAAGUGGGCCUAUUGUGGAGACGGAUACAGACAUGAGGGGAUCGAGGAGUGCGAUGGGAAAGACUUUGGUUACCAGACAUGCAAAAGCUAUCUACCUGGAUCCUUCGGACGACUCAGAUGCACAGACUCCUGUCUCAUUGACUCCACUGGCUGCAAGUACUUCACUUGAACAAAGUUGCAGCUUUGCAAUUCCUCUUAACGAAGGGUUUAAACUUCAGGCUUCCGCUGAAGUGUCACCUUCCAUCGGAGCAAGUGGUGGACCUGUGUUUGAAAGCAGAGACAAAUAGAUCAUCACGGGAAGCGUAAAGGAUUUUGAUUUGCUGUGACCGUUCCGGCACGGGCCUUGUCCACAGACCCAUGGCGAAUAGUUUCUUUUCUGUUUCUUGGACACAGAAACACAUUUAAAACUCGGAACACACGUUUGAUAUUGUGUGCAUCCUUCAUUUUAGAGAAUGUAACUCCUCUACUAGAGCUCACUCGGACUAAAUGACAAGCAAUCUUUGGAUUGUCAUGACCAUCGUCUCCAUGAUUUUCAUGCCACUGGCUGCAGCACUGUUAUCAACACUGGCAAAGGUGGCAGACAACUCUAAUGACUGUAUCUGAUCAAAGGGAAUGUAUUUGACUUGUUGACUGUUAAUGCAAUAAUGGAAGCAAAAGGACUAUCCAAGGAGGCUACUGUUAAUGUAACACAACGUGCAAAUGUUUCUACUCCCGUGCAAUAUUUUACACCUAUAUAUACUUGUGCUUUUGUGUGCCAUGCUAUAACAUGCAAUAGAAAACUUGUGGUGAAUGUUUACGUACAUGUCGUAGAUUGUCUGAUACAUCAACUUGUUACUGGAUGUGUUUCUCGCCACGCAGCAUGAUUGUAAAUCAGCA